AUGACAUCAAGUACCACUGAACCAAUCAAGAUCACCUCUAAGGAGCAAGCUGAAUGGUUCUUAAAUCAAUAUGAUACAUUUUUAUUUGAUUGUGAUGGUGUAUUAUGGUUAGGUACACAUCUUUUACCAAGAACUAAAGAAAUUUUAAAUUAUUUAACUGAAUUAGGUAAAAAAUUAAUUUUUGUUACUAAUAAUUCUACAAAAUCACGUUUAACGUAUACGAAGAAAUUUGCCUCAUUUGGUAUUAAUGUUACAGAGGAUCAAAUUUUCACAUCAGGUUAUGCAUCUGCAGUUUAUGUUCGUGAUUUUUUAAAAUUACAACCUGGUAAGGAUAAAAUUUGGAUAUUUGGUGAAGCAGGUAUUGGUGAAGAAUUAGCCACAAUGGGAUUUGAAUCUCUAGGUGGGAUUGACACGAGAUUAGAUGAACCAUUUGAUGCUACUACCUCACCAUUUUUGCAAAAUGGACUUGAUGACGAUGUUAAAUGUGUUAUUGCUGGUUUAGAUACUAAAGUUAAUUAUCAUCGGUUAGCGAUUACAUUACAAUAUUUAAGAAAGACAGAAUCUGUUCAUUUUGUUGGUACUAAUGUAGAUUCUACGUUCCCACAAAAGGGUAUGAUUUUACCAGGAGCUGGAUCUAUGGUAGAAUCUAUUGCUACUUCAUCAGGUAGAAGACCAAGUUAUUGUGGUAAACCAAAUGCUAAUAUGUUAAAUACUAUUAUAUCUGCCAAGAAUUUAGAACGUUCAAAAUGUUGUAUGGUUGGAGAUAGAUUAAAUACAGAUAUGAAAUUUGGUGUUGAAGGUAAAUUAGGUGGUACAUUAUUAGUCUUGAGUGGUAUUGAGACAGAAGAAAGAGCUCUUGAGAUUAAUGAAGCAUAUCCAAGACCAAAAUAUUAUAUCGAUACAUUAGGUGAUAUUUUCGAUUUGACUCAUUAG